UGAUAUGAUAUGCUCAUAUUGAAGCCAAAUUCAUUUUAUAUGCACCCUAGUUCUUUAAAAUCCCUACAGCUUGGGCCCUCUGGGCCUCGGAGGAACAUAAGUACUUCAUAAUCUUUCGCGAAGGACAUGACAUUUCCGGACAUCGAUCUAGUUUUUCACCCCUGGAUCGGUCAAUUGUGUGCUUCUGAAUGGCUGUGCAAAAAGCCAACUCUCAAUUUGUAUAGUAAGAAUUGAAACUUAAGGAAGUUUAACAAUGUUACAGAGUUAUUUUUCAAGAAUGCCACAGAAAAUACCUCAAAGAUUAUACGAAGAUUUGGAGAAGAUCUUAGAAAAGGAAUUACCUUUCUCAGUCCAAGCUUACUAUCCGGUAAAACUUCUGCGGAAGAAGUUAUUAAACAACAGAAUUGUUUGGGUAGACAAAUGGCCGGAUUUCAAAGUUGUGGUAGUUUCAGACGACCGGCACAAGGAUGUCUCACCACAGCGAAUUCAUUGUUUCUGCAAAGACACGCAUGAAUCUUCCUCUCUGGAUUCAGUACUACGUCUUAUAUCGGACGAAUUAUCAAACUCUCUUCUCAUGUUUGGUUGCCGUUCGAGUGUCGUAGAUGAUUUAAUAAAAUCCCGGGGUUCUUCCGUCCGGCGUGUGAGUCCUGAUGCCUACAUGCUAACUCUUCCUGAGGAAAACAUUAUUUCUCUACCAAUUCCAGAUGAUUUCAAAAUAACAAAUUUGAAAGAGCAUCAUUUAGAUACAGUAGUCCAAGAAUGGCCAUAUUCUGGCGUGUUUAGUGAUUCUAAGGAGUGGAUCAAAGAAAUGAUAGCAGUGUUACCAAGCGUCUGUAUAGAGAACAAGGAGGGACAACCCAUCGCUUGGGUGUUACAACAAGACUAUGGCUGUAUUGGAAUGCUGCAAGUAAAGUCUGAGUACAAAAGAGCAAAACUUGGAAGCGCCGUUACAAUGUUACUUGCACAAAAGUUGCGGGAAGAAGGGUCCCAUAUAUACUCCGCCAUUAAUGUCGAAAAUAGCCAAUCGCUUGCCUUCCAUGAAAAGAAUGGGUUUCAUUAUCUGUCGGAUUUUCUUAUAGCUUUUGUGAAUUAUGGAUAUAACCAAACUUAACGAACAAUAUACAUGUAUCUGCAUUAAUACCAGACCUUGUCAUGGCAACAUAUCUUGACUUAGUCAAACCUAAUGGACAAUAUAUCUGUACUUAAUAGGACCUAACGGACAACAUAUCUUGAUUUAGCCAGACCUAAUGGACAAUAAAUCUGGAUUUAAUCAAACUUAAAAAACAAAAGAUCAUAAUUCACUAGAACUUUACGGACAACAUAUUUGUCUUUAACUAAAACAUAUUUUUCAUUCAUUUUCCAACAGAUAGUGAUCGAUAAGUUCCGUAAUGAGAAUAGAAAAAUACGCUGUUCUCAAAAAAGAUUGUUACUUUAUCAGUUGCAAAUGAAAUGAAUUACUUUUUUAAAAGAAUGAGUGAAGGAUCAUGGGUAAUGUAUGGUGUUGGAGCCGCCAUUGAUUCCUGUUAGUGGAGUUGUAAAACUGUUUAUGCUAAACCCAAUGAAAUUGUGUCUUUGCUAAGUAACCGGCAAAUUUUAUUCUUUGAAGUAUGUGGGGAAAACAUUUUGAUUGUAUCUUAUAGGAAAAUAUAUAUAUUUUUAAAAAAUUUUAGAAGUUGUUAAAAAUUAAAUUUGAGGAAAGGUUUUGUAUUAACUUGAUAAUGUUUGAUAUUGAUUUAUUACAAACACACUUCUUAGGCAAAAAAUUGUCGAAAAAUUAUUCAUGGAUUGUACUCCUCUCUCUCUCUACAUUGAUAGACCCAGAAGAAGCUGAGUAUACGGGUAUGGUAACGAAAGCACUUCAGGUAACAAUGGGCAAAGUUUAAGAUUUAGAUGAUGAAAAGUCAUUGGAUAAUACUUUCGCCAAAGUCUAUUUCUUAAAAAGAAUUAUCGCUCUUUGCUUUGCGAGUCUAUUUUGUUUUUGUUUUUUUUCGUCUUGUAGAAAAAAAAAUACUCGACGGUAUUUAUCUUCGGAGAAAAUAAAAUGUACUCUUCAUCGAAUAUA